AUGAACAAAUUAAUUGCAUUAUUACUUGCAGUUUUAGUUUUUGUAGGUAUUGUUUACGCUGAUGACAUCACCGUCACUGACGAAAAUGUUGUUGCUGAACAAACUACUACUCCAGAAGUAUCAUUCUCAUAUAUUUUCCCAGACAACCAAGAUAAAAAUUUUGCUGCUGGUUCAGUUGCUGAAGUUCUUGUUGGUUUCACCAAUAAGGCCGAUAAAGCUUUAAACAUUACCCACAUUUACGCCUCAUUAAACCACCCACAAGAUUCAUCAGUUUACAUUCAAAACUACACCCGUGGUGAUUUUGGUAUCGCUGUUGAAAAAGGUCAUCAUGCUACUUUAGCUUAUCGUUUUGUCCCAUCUGAAUACUUAGAACCAAGACAAUUCGGUUUAUUAAUCAGCUUAGAAUACCAAGAUGGUGCUCAAAACUACACUCUCACUUUCUUCAACUCAACCAUCAAUAUCACUGAAAAAGAAAGCUCAUUCGAUAUGGAUUCAUUCUUCUUACUUAUUCUUGGUUUCGCUGUUAUGGGUGGUGUUGGUUACUUUGUUUACAGCAAAAUGCCAAAACAAAAGAAAGUUCGUCGUACUGUUUCAAAAUCAUCAUCAGUUGCUAAAGUUGAAACUGAAGCUGAUACCGCUGAUUGGUUAUCAGGUACCUCUGCUGAUAAAUCAAAAAAAUCAAUCAAAAAAAACAAAUAA